ACAAGAUGUGCCACUAAACCAGUUGGGGAAGAUACCGUGUUUGAACUGAUCAAAUGUUUGAUCGUACUCACAAUCUUUAACCCCUCAAAAUAAGACAAUUAUUACGCCGAGCGCUAGUGCUCAUUUUCGAAACCUUGACCCUUUCAAGAUGGCCGACUCAACGUCCCGUGUGUGACCUCACUUUGACCCAACUGACGCAAUUUGCCCCGUCUGUCGUCGAUCGAACGUCGGCUGAACCACUUCUGGGUCUGGUUUCGAGAGCUUAAGUGUGCUCUAUUACUCUACACACAGCACCCUAACCACCCGUAGUUAGACAGAGAUGUCCACUAUGGCAUUAAGAAGAGUGUGUUGUCUACUUGGCAGGCCACAGAGAUGUGUGUUUACGUCAGGUUUAAGAGCCCAGGGCACUGUAGCACAGGCUCAGAGAGAGGCAGAGAAAGGUGCAGAGAAGAAGCAAGUCAAAGCAGCAAAAAUACAGUUUAACUGGCGUGACGCCCUCAGCCUGGAGGGUCUGCUGACGGAGGAGGAGAUUAUGAUCCGAGACACCUUCCAUACCUACUGUCAAGAGAAGCUCAUGCCACGCAUCCUGACGGCCAACAGAAAUGAAGUUUUCCAUCGUGAGAUUUUGAAUGAGAUGGGUGAGCUAGGAGCUCUGGGCCCAACCAUUAAAGGUUACGGCUGUGCCGGAACGAGUUAUGUUGCGUAUGGACUGAUUGCACGUGAGGUGGAGAGAGUGGACAGUGGGUACCGCUCGGUGAUGAGUGUGCAGUCCUCUCUGGUCAUGCACCCAAUCAACGCCUAUGGCACGGAGGAGCAGAAGGAGAAAUAUCUGCCCAAGCUGGCACAAGGAGAGAUUUUGGGCUGCUUCGGCCUGACUGAGCCGAACCAUGGCAGUGACCCUGGCAGCAUGGAGACCAGAGCCAAGUAUAACGCUUCCAGUCGCACUUUCACCCUCACGGGGUCCAAAACAUGGAUCACAAACUCUCCUGUGGCUGAUAUUUGUGUGGUGUGGGCCAAGUGUGACGAUGAUAAAAUACGUGGUUUUAUACUGGAGCGGGGCAUGAAAGGUCUCAGCACCCCCAAAAUCGAGGGCAAGUUCUCCCUGCGGGCCUCCUCCACCGGCAUGAUCGUCAUGGAUGAUGUGGAGGUGCCUGAAGAGAACCUGCUGCCCAAUGUGUCUGGACUCGGGGGUCCGUUUGGCUGCUUAAACAACGCUCGCUAUGGGAUCGCCUGGGGAGCGCUUGGCGCAGCAGAGUUCUGCUUCCAUGCCGCACGUCAGUACACAAUGGACAGGAUCCAGUUUGGGGUGCCACUGGCCAGAAACCAGCUGAUACAGAAGAAGAUGGCAGACAUGCUAACAGAGAUUACACUCGGCCUGCAGUCCUGUCUGCAACUGGGCAGGCUCAUCGAUCAGAAGAAAGCAAGUCCAGAGAUGAUCUCCAUGCUUAAGAGGAAUAGCUGUGGCAAGGCCUUGGACAUCGCCAGACAAUCACGGGACAUGCUGGGUGGCAACGGUAUCGCUGACGAAUACCACAUCAUCCGCCAUGUCAUGAAUUUAGAGGCCGUCAACACGUAUGAAGGUACUCAUGAUAUCCAUGCUCUGAUCCUGGGCAGAGCCAUCACAGGCCUGCAGGCAUUUACUGUGGAGAAGUAAAGCACUACGUUGUCCAAAACAGUCUAGCACUUGUACUACACAGAAUGCUGCUGGCUUUUCACAUACUGUGUGGCAACAAUGAGAGUGAAUUUCUAACUAUUGUAAGUUGCCUAUUUGUCUUUGACAGAAUUUUAUCUUUAGUUUGUCUUGUUCUUCAGAAGACAUUUAAAAGUAUUUUUGUACUCUGACCAGAAAUCAGUGACCCCUUGGUUUUGUAUAUAAAUUAUGUCAAUUUAAAAGUAGCAAAGAAGAGGACAUGGUCAUUCUCAACGCACAGUAAAUUAGUAUCAGUACAUUUUAGAAACACGUUAAAUUCUGUAAGAACAGAAAUAAAUGAAUCCAGCCAAUGUAAGCUAGAGUGUGCAAUAGUUUUUGUUGCUGUAUUAGGAUACAUAUGUUCAAAAUAAGCAUAUAUGAGUUAGUCAGGCACAGAUAAAAAUGUUUAUAUUUUAAAAUUGAUGUGUAAAUGUUAACUAUUACAUGCAAUGCAGCUCACCUCGGAAUUGGAUUAUAAAAUCAGCCUUAUGAGCAGAAAUGGUGAUAAAAUUAAAUAUAUCCUAGUUGUUUGGUUUGUAAGGAGGAAUUGAAACUACUACAUCUACCUUUAGAUAUGCAUGGUCCGUUUAAGCUGGCCUGACAAUGACAUUUACUUGCUAUGACAAUAAACUGACUUUUGUGUUCA